GCAGUGACUUGAGCGGCGCAGUCCCUCAGCCUGAAUAUCCCUCCCCACCACUAGGGGCGCUGCUGUCUGUGCCGCUCCUCCCAGGUCUGUCAGCCCGGCGGGUGAAGGGUGCUCUGCUCCACAUCCGGCUCCCCAGUUCACGUCUUUUUCGGACUUGUGUAUGUGACAACGUCACCCCGGGGCGCACCACCGGGAGCUGCGGAGCGGGAGAAGCCGAGGCGGCCGGAGUUCACUUGGAGAGCUGCUUACUUGGCUCCCGAAGCAUCCGGCUGGGUCCAGUGCCCUGGAGCGCUGCUACCUUCCAGGCUCCUGAGAGGAGUUGUCCAGGACAUGCCGGGAGCAGCCCCAUGUGGUGAGGGAAGUUACUAGGGAGUAGAGGGGCGUUACCGGCCAGUGGGAACUUCAUCUCCCCACCUGCUGCUCCCACACCCCAUGAGGGGAUCCGGGCACCCUGCUCUCACCCGAGGACAGCUCUGCAGUUGGCCCCCCAUGUCUCCUAGGCUGUGGUAGGGCACAUGUGGCUUGCAGUCCCCUGUCAUUGCUUUUGGGGGAAGUUGUGUAGUGUUUUCCAGCCUAGUGGGGGCGCCGCAGGCUCUGUGUGAACUAUGGAAGGACUGUCCCUGAGUGAUGCUGAGCAGAAGUACUACUCUGACCUCUUCGCCUACUGUGACACUGACAGCACCAAGAAGGUGGCCUCCAAUGGCCGGGUCGUGGAGCUCUUCCGGGCCGCCCAGCUCCCCAGCGAGGUGUCCUUGCAGAUCAUGGAGCUGUGUGGAGCGACGAGACUUGGCUACUUUGGCAGAAGCCAGUUCUACAUUGCGUUGAAGCUUGUAGCAGUCGCACAGUCGGGAUUACCAUUGCGAGUUGAAAGUUUAAACACUGUUAAGGACCUUCCUCUGCCAAGAUUUCUGGUGUCAAAAAAUGAGCAGGAUUCAAGACAUCCAGUCUCCAACAGUGCAGAGGGUGAUAAUUCCUCCUCUUACUCCGGAGUUAUUCCUCCUCCUCCUCCGAGCAGAACCCAGGUCAAGAAAAGCUCAGUUAGUCACGAUAUUAUUCAGCCACGUGCAGCGGCAGAGCAGCAGGAGUCCACUUCUCCUGUAGUAUCCCCUCAGCAGUCUCCACCAUCCUCUCCACAUUCUUGGAGGAAGCACAGCCGACAUGCCAGUGGAGGGAACAGUGAGCGGCCUGUGACUGGGUCUGGUCCGUUUUGGACACCUUACAGUGAAUCUCAAGCAGGUGGCUCAUCGAGUGAAGGAGCAUGGCCGGCACAGUCUCCACUUCCACAUCAGGAAAAUUGGGUCAGUUUUGCAGAUACUCCACCAAGCAGUGCUCUUUUAGCCAUGCAUCCCGCCUCUGUCCAGGAUCAGACAACUGUACGCACUGUGGCUUCAGCAACCACCACCAAGGAAAUUCGUAGACAAUCCAGUAGUUAUGACGAUCCCUGGAAGAUAACUGAUGAACAGAGGCAAUAUUAUGUCAAUCAGUUCAAAAACAUUCAGCCUGACCUAAAUGGGUUCAUCCCAGGAUCAGCUGCAAAAGAGUUCUUUACAAAGUCAAAGCUUCCAAUUCCAGAGCUUUCUCAUAUAUGGGAACUCUCAGAUUUUGAUAAGGAUGGAGCAUUGACACUGGAUGAAUUCUGUGCUGCUUUUCAUCUCGUAGUAGCUCGAAAAAAUGGCUAUGACUUGCCUGAAAAACUACCUGAAAGCUUAAUGCCUAAACUCAUAGACUUAGAUGACUCUGCAGCUGGAGAUCAGUCCAGUGAGGUAGGAUUUUCAAGUUCUCCUGCUGAACCUCCUCCAAGUAAAUCGCCCUCUAUGCCAUCUUUGAAUCAGACAUGGCCAGAAAUGAACCAAAGUAAUGAGCAGUGGGAGACAUUUAGCGAACGCUCUUCAAGCUCACAAACUCUGACCCAAUUUGAUUCUAACAUUGCACCAGCUGAUCCUGACACCGCUAUAGUCCAUCCUGUUGCCAUACGGAUGACGCCAAGUAAAAUUCACCUGCAGGAAAUGGAGCUUAAAAGAACUGGAAGCGAUUCUGCCAACCCCACAAGUCCUAUACACAUAAAGCCACAAGAACUUCCGGAAGAAAGUUCUUCAGUGAAAUUUGUCCCUGGGAAUCCAGUUGAUGGUUACAGCAGUUCAGACAGUUAUAAUUCGGAUCCUGAAGAGAUUGGAAAUGUGGUUACAAGGCAGCGGUCCCAUUCUGGCACUUCUCCAGACAGCACAGCACCACCACCCCCUCCACCAAGACCUCCUGCCUCCCAUUCUCGCUCCUCAUCCUUAGACAUGAAUAGAACAUUUGCAGUUACGACAGGGCAGCCCCAGUCUGCAGCGGUAACGCACCCUCCGGCAGUUCCUCCCCGACCCCUACCUACACAGACAUCGGGCUCACAUGUGCACCGCUCUGUGGAUGCUGAAGGUGUUUUAGCUCAUCCUAGUACUUCUCCUCAGCAAAUACCUGAGCAGCCAAAUUUUGCAGACUUCAGUCAGUUUGAAGUGUUUGCCUCAUGUGUGACAGAACAGCAAGCAGAGGACCCAGAGAAAACCGAAGUUGUACAGGCUGAGAAGCCACCAGCUGAUGGGAUCCGUAGUGCCAAGUUAAAUGGACGUGUUGAAGAUAAAGUCUCUGCUGUCCCUGCCAAUCCGGCAAAGGUCAGCACGCCUCUUGCACCACCUCCCAAACCUGUCCGAAGACGGUUAAAAUCUGAAGAUGAACUCAAACCAGAAGUGGAAGAAUCCAAUCAGAAGCAGGGUACUGUAGCUUCAGUCCUUGCUUCCCAGCCAUCUAUCCCAAGAUCAGCUGGAAAGGACAAAAAAGCAAUCCAGGCCUCCAUUCGGCGCAAUAAAGAAACAAACACGGUUCUUGCACGGCUGAACAGUGAGUUACAGCAGCAGUUAAAGGACGUUCUUGAAGAAAGGAUAUCUUUGGAAGUUCAACUGGAACAACUGCGGCCAUUUUCUCACCUUUAAGUAAACUAGCUUUGAAAACGGGCCUGUUCUAUAAUCAACCCAGAUUUCCAACUCAUAGCAAUGAUGUGACUUCAUUCCUGUCAUAUCUGUAUAUCUUUGCACUAAAUGAAUCAACUGAUAUACAUCACACCUACCUUCCCCAUUGUUACCUUUUUAGCAUGCACAUCAAGGCCUACCUAACUGUUCAAGCAGACACUUGGUGGAGAAGAAGCAUGGUCUGAAUUACAUAGCGGCCAGGCGAAUGCCAAGUACAUUCCUGGUUGCUAUACUUUGCAAAGUAUUUAUGUUGAUUGUGCCAUUUUGUCACAUCUGCCUGGCAAUAUAUUCCUUUUUUUAUUGUAAAGCACUAUGAAUCAUGUGAGUGAGGCUGUUACAGCUAAUGUGAUGGUCAGAUGUUUGGUAUGUAGUCAUAAAAUGCACCAAACCUCAAGAUGACCUUCACUGUGUAUAAUUCUGUGUACAAGAGAGUUUGAUUCAGUAGUAGAUGGAAAUUUACUAACUCAUCCAAUCGCGGUGUAACCUACUAAACAUAAUAAUCAUUCACGUCAUGUCACAUGCAUUAGGAUUUGCAUUUGCCCUUUCACUCCCUUCCUGGAUUUGCACGUCUUAAAGCCUAUGCCCCUUGGAUAGGAUGUGUUUUAUUUUUAUCCUACACUGCCCUUGUUGAUCUGGACAAUUCAGUUCUCUCCAGAGCAGUAUAUUUCUGGGUUCUCUUCCAUCUCGUCUGAAGGCCUUACUACUUUGAACUAUAGACAGGCUUUACUAAUCACAGCAAUCUCCCUGAGUGUCUCCUGCUCUUCAGGUUGAUCUACUGUAAUAGGGUUUUGUUCUAUAUUGUAUGAUAAACACCUUUUGAUCUCAUAUGUAAAUUUGAAUUGAAUUGUAAGCUGACUAACGGCAAUUAUUGUAUUUAAUAGCUUAUUCUGGCUGUGGGAUCAUAGAUGUUAAAGUGCAUGGAUGUAUCUCGGCAGAAUCAGAACUAGCAAAAGUGUGAUUUUUACACCAAUAAAACAGCACAAUAUUUUAACCAU